UGGAAAACAACCAGCCUCCACGACCAGUGAUCAUGAGAUUCAUUUCCAGGACAGCGAGGGAUAUGACGUGGAAAAGUGCAGAGAAAAAUGACUAUUUAAAGAAUAAACCUGAGGUUCAAGGAGGAUCUGAAAGCAUUUGACAAAGAAGCUCGGAAUCGUCUGUGGCCGAUGAUUGAGAGAGCAAGGAAGGAAGGGAAAAGUGCAUACUUUGCGAGAGCUAAGGCUUUUGUUAAUGGAAGGGAAAUUCACGCUGACGCCUAGCUUGUUGACUGCUGGACUUAUCAAAACGACUUGCCUGCCGGGUUCCGCGUGCAGUUCAAAUCUUUCGCAACAGAAGCGAUCCACGUUGGUCAGGAACCGGAGCAAUGGAAAUCUAUGGCGGUGGUACCACCUAUUUCUCUGUCCACCACCUUCAAGCAGUAUGGACCUGGAGAUCAUGCUGGUUUUGAGUACAGUCGGAGUGGAAACCCUACAAGAAACUGUCUGGAAAAAGCUGUUGCUGCUUUGGAUGGAGCAAAGUAUUGUUUUGCUCUUGCUUCCGGGCUGGCUGCGACUAUGACCAUCACUCACAUGCUUAAAGCUGGAGAUGGCGUUGUCUGCAUGAGUGAUGUGUAUGGAGGCACCAAUCGUUACUUCCGGAAGAUUGCUGCAGAAUUUGGCUUGGAUGUCUCCUUUGCUGAUUUUACCAAAAUCGAGUUGCUCCAGGCCGCUCUUAAGUCGAACACAAAGUUAGUAUGGAUUGAGACUCCCACCAACCCUAUGAUGAAGGUGGUGGAUAUCCAGGCCUGUGCAGCUGUGGUCCACCAACACAACAAGGAUACCGUGGUGGUUGUGGACAACACUUUUAUGUCAGCCUACUUCCAGCGCCCCUUGGACCUCGGAGCAGACAUCUGCAUGUAUUCAGCUACUAAGUACAUGAAUGGUCACAGUGAUGUUGUAAUGGGCCUGGUGUCUGUGAACAGUGAGGACCUGUAUGACCGACUGAAGUUCCUACAGAAUGCCCUGGGAGCCGUACCGUCCCCCUUUGACUGCUACCUGUGUAACCGUGGCCUGAAGACCCUGCACCUGCGCAUGAGGCAGCACUUCAAGAAUGCCCUGGUGGUGGCCAAGUUCCUGGAGGCUGACCCCAGGGUGGACAGAGUCAUCUUUCCAGGCUUACCCUCCCACCCCCAGCACGAGCUAAUGAAGAGACAGUGCACAGGCUGCCCAGGGAUGAUCACUUUUUACAUAAAGGGAAAACUGGAGAAUGCCACCACCUUCCUCAGCAGCCUCAAGUUGUUCGCACUUGCCGAGAGCCUUGGCGGUUAUGAAAGUUUGGCAGAGCAUCCGGCGAUAAUGACCCAUGCAUCUGUUCCAGAGAGUGAUAGGGCUGCCCUGGGGAUCAGUGACACGCUGAUCCGUCUGUCUGUGGGGCUGGAGGACGAGCAGGACAUCAUUGAGGACCUGGAACAAGCCCUGAACGUCGCGCAUCCAAAUAAGUAAUGUCUUCACGACGUCCCAAGACCAGCGGUUGUCUGUCAUCAGCGGGGCGGAGCAAAGGCAAGAGUACCCGGUGUUUCUAGCCGUGUACAAGGAGAGAGCAGCGAGAUGGUGCCUCAACACAGCACACACAAACUGUAUUUAUGAAUGCACUCAUCAGGGAAAAACCUGCUCUUUAAACAUACGCUUUCUUCAUUAAUUAUUGAUAAGCUUUUUUAUCAUAAAUUCUUUGAAUGCUGAUUUUAUCAGGAGGAACUAUUCCUAAAUUUUAUUUCUUGCUGCUUUUGCUGUGUGUGUGUGUGUGUGUGUGUGUUUUUUUGUUGUUGUUUGGAUGGCAUUAUUCAAUUAAAACUGUUAUUCGGGACUUUCAGGAGUAAGGGAAAACAGCAUUCAGUUGUCUUUCUGCUUCAUACAGUUAAACAUGAAAACUAAUGUACGGUACAUUGAACCAAGAGAAGAAUGUCUUGCUCUGUAAAUGUCGGGACAGCAGUUUUGAUUAAAUACAACGGUGUCUGACUAUCAGAUGUAUGCCUAGUAAAGGAGUCUUAAAGGAAGUUGGCCCAUGAGGGAGUGCCAACUGCAUGCUUGUCCUUGCCUUGUGUCGAACAUUUUUAAUGGAAUGACUCAAACAAGGAUUAUUCUUUUGAGCAAUGUACAAAGUUCCAGUGGUGUUGCUAAACUCAACCCACAGGCUAGUUCUCAGAUCAAAACACCCAAUGUCAGGGUUUUCUAAAUGAGAACCGACCAACCCCACGUCGUGUUGGAGCUCUUCACUCAAUUGACAGUGUUAUCAAUCACAUACAGUAAGUAUGAUAUCUCUGAUUGCUACGCAAGUAUGUGCUUCAAUUGGGAAAGACCAUGUUUGAUCAAUGUCAUCUGUGUGACCAAACUCAUUACAUUCACUUUGCAGUACGUCAUGUUGGAACUCUCAUUCACUCAACUGUGUUAUAAAUCACAUAUCAUACAUACUGUAUCUGUUCGCUACAAUGUCUGAUCUAUGUUAUCUGUGUGAUGUACUGUAGAAUGUAGGCUACUGUUUAUUAAGCUGUUGUAAACAAUGCAAUAGAGUAAAACAAAUGUGUAAUUUUGUUUAACCUCUACGGGAUCGGUGUCCCUAAACCAGGACGGUUGUUGCUAAUGUCACUAGAAUGACGUUGUAUGCAACAGCCAACUUUCCGGGACAUAGACAUGUCUUAUGGGCAGAAAGCUUAAAUUCUUGUUAAUCUAACUGCAGUGAAAUACCAUGCUAUUGUUUGAGGAGAGUGCACAACAACAAAACUUUUAUCACGGCAACUGGUUUGAUACAUUCACCUCUGAAGGUAAAUAAUGUUCUUACAUUCAGUAAUCUUGCUCUGAUUUGUCAUCCUGUGGGUCCCAGAGAUAAAAUUAAGCAUAGUUUUGUUUGAUUAAAAUAUAUUUUUUUGUUCAAAUGUAGGAACUGGGGUCUACAAUUUGACCCCACUGCUGUCUCUGGCUCCCUGCCUGGCCAUCUAGAUGUGUGAAAGUUAUUUUAUAGGCUAAUGAUCCAUCAUGUAUGACAUUCCUGGGAGUGUGUGAACUUACAUUUUUUUUAUUAUCAUAGCAUUUUUGUAUGUUCUCUAUAGUUAUGUACUUGAAAAUGUAUACCAAUUCGGCACAUUUGGGCAAACUCCUGGCAAACUUGAUACGAAAUAUUGUGCAGUGAUGUAAUUCUUAACUGGAUCAGUCUGAAAAUUUGUGCACACACUGCUGCCAUCUAAAUUACACCUAUCUGAAAGUAUGGCCUUUCUCUUGCAUUUCAAAGAUGGGGAAAAAAAAUUAAACGCAGUUUCUUUUGUUUGUAUCAACUUUUA